AUGAAACGGCUGAGAGGUUCGGCUCCAUCCGGGAUUGUCUGGGUCCGGGACUCCCGGCCCGAGCUUCCUUCCUACCUGGCACUACAUACUUCACUGGCAACACUUUCUUGCUUCCUUGCUUCCGCUGACACAACCCAAUUUGCUACCGCCACAAACGUAUCUCGAAACAGCGCCUACUGCCAAUUGAUUUCUCCACCCCAGAAUUCCCCUUCUGGACCACAUUUGUCAACCUUCGUCCACUGGCAGAACCACAUCUUCAUGUCAAAGAUUCGAGGGACCUUUGUGCAUACACCUCGUUUAGGAUACCUCGACAUCCUCCACGACCAUUUAAUUGCUUUUAGUGACGACGGCGUUAUCACACAUUUUGAGCGUGCUGAUACUCCGCAAUCGACCAAAUUGCUUGGGAAUGGACUUGGGAAACCUGUCAUCGUCAUCCCACAAGGGUCAUUCAUGCUCCCGACUUUCUGCGAUCUCCACCUCCACGCUCCGCAAUUUCUCUACCAAGGAACGGGGUUAGACCUCCCUCUCAUGCAAUGGCUGGACAAGUACACUCUGAAGGCGGAAUCACGCAUGGAUGAAGACCCUGCUCUCGCAAAACGCGUCUACACCCGCCUCGCAGCUCGCCUGAAAGAGAACGGCACAGGUGCCGUCCUGCUCUUCGGGACGAUAAAGGAAAGGACGAACCUGAUAUUGGCCGAGUGCAUGCAAUCAGCGGGGAUACGUGCUUUCGUUGGAAAACUAUCAAUGGACAUCGACAUCACAUCUCCAGAUUCCCUGACCACCACAUAUGUCGAACCGAAUGCAUCGGCCUCGCUGGAUGCGGCGAAAGCCUUUGUUGACCAUUGCCACGGGCUUGUGAACCACCUACCUGAGUCUCAGAGGCUCGUGGAACCGGUCUUAACUCCGCGUUUCGUUCCUACCUGCACGAACGAGCUCUUGAAAGGCCUGGGUGAACUGUCAGAAGUGCGAGGGAUUAAGGUUCAGAGCCAUCUGGCUGAGGCGAAAGAUCAAGUCGAAUGGGUACGCGCAGAACGUGGUAUGGAGGAUAUCGACGUCUUCGACAAGAGUAAUCUUCUUACUGCACGCACAGUUCAAGCCCAUUGUACCUUCCUUUCUCCGCCCGAUCUCGACCGGCUAUCAAACAAAGGGAGCUCCAUUGCCCAUUGCCCGCUUUCGAACGCGUACUUUUCCGCUAAGCCGUUUCCUCUCCGAGAAGCGCUGGACCAGAACGUAAAAGUGGGUCUCGGAACAGACGUCGCCGGGGGAUAUAGUCUCGAUAUCAUGAACUCCAUGCGUCAGGCUGUUGCGGUCUCGAGGAUGCGGCAAGGGCUGAACCUGAUGGAAAGAACUGGGCAGGUUGAGCCACGAGACCUUUCCGUUGAUUGGAAGGAGGCUUUAUUCCUCGCGACGAGAGGUGGCGCACUUGCUCUCGGGCUUGAAGGGAUAUUCAGGGUUGGCAGCCCAUUCGAUGCUCAAGAAAUCCGCCUUUACGAUGCACAAACUGGCAUAGGGAUUGGCCCACUGGAUUAUUUCGAUCUGGAAAAAGAAGAAUCAGCCCCGCCGCUGUCGCCCGAGGAUACCCGCCUGACGGCAGACGUAAUAGAGAAAUGGUGGUGCGUUGGAGACAGUAGAAAUCGUGGGCGCGUCUGGGUCCAAGGUAACCGAGUCCGCGAGGUGUGA